AUGAGUAAAAACAUUGUUGCUUUUUCUAACGUUCUUGUUUUUCUCUUCUCUACAUCAUAUGCAACUCCUGGAAUUGGAACUUUCUACACGACUUACACUCCAUCGGCAUGUUACGGAGGUAAGCAAGAAGGAGUGUUCAUAGCUGCAGCGAGUAAUCAAUUAUGGGACAAUGGUCGAGUUUGUGGCAAAAUGUUCAGAGUGAAAUGCACCGGAGCUCGUAACGCCGUGCCUCACCCUUGCACCGGAAAAUCCGUAACGGUCAGAAUCGUCGACCAUUGUCCCAAUGGCUGUGCUUCUACGAUCGAUCUUUCCCGAGAAGCUUUUGCUCAGAUCGCUAAUCCUGUCACUGGGAUUAUUAACAUUGAUUAUACUCCGUAAUUAUUUCUCCCAUUCUUUAUCACCUCUAUAAUCUAUAUAGAAGUUCGUAUCAAGGUUUUUAUUCAUGAAGUUUUCAAGGAAAAAAAUGCUCAAGUCUAGAACGUCCUAUUAGAAAAUGUACUAGCAUCAUAAGUUUGUAAUAGCGUUUCAGUAUAUGAACAUUCAUACACAAGAUAAGAUUGCAUAUUAACCAUCCAAAAGGAAUUAACUAUAUAAAAAUAUUUUUGGGUUUUCGUUGAUUAACAAUAUAUACCUUAAUUGUUUUUUCACAUGUAUGUAACAUAAUUUAGUAAAUAAAAGUGACUAAAAUGAAUAGAACAUGUUAUUGAAAAUUAGUUCAACUAUGUUUGAUCACAUCAUCGAACCCUUCUCUUUGACUUGUAUGUUUGUAUUUACUAUAUGCAAAGAAAUGCUCGUGACAGGUUCUGUUAUGAAUCAAUCAAAAAAGCUUUUUCUUAUUCCUCUGCACCUUCUCAUAUAUAUCAAAUAGAGGAUUGUAACUUGGAUUGAUAUCUAAGAUCGAGAUUGAGUGAACAUAUCCUACUUCGAAGAUUCAGUCUCAACAAAUGUUCGAAAU